GAUGGCAGUGAUGAUGAGCGUGAGGUGAAUGCUGCUAGCGAUGACGAGAGCAAUGAUGAGGCCAAGAGUGAGGAGGGAGGCCAAGGAGCGGCGUGGGAGGACGAAGAUGAUCAGCAAUUGGCUGUGGACAUUGCAGAGCAAAAGGGACUGCGCAAGUUGCGCACCGACGAAGAGGACAAGGUGAUAGAUGGUGGUGAGUAUGAGCAGCGGCUGCGUGCGCAAUUUCAAAAGAUCCAUGGUCGCCCUCAGUGGGCAGCACAGGAGGGCAAAGAGGCCGAAGAGGAUGAAGAAAGCCUUUUGCGCACUUCCGCCCGGCUCAUUUCCCGUCGGUCUGCGGCCAUUCCGGCUCACCGUCUCAAAUUCUCGACCGUCCGCGACGGCAACCACGCGGCACCCAGCAAGGCCGUCCUGCAAGUCCUCGGCUUUCACCCGUCGGCGCCGGCACUCUUUACUGCCGGCAUGGAUCGAACCCUGCGCCUCUUUCAGGUCGAUGGCAAGAAGAACGCCUUGCUGCAGUCGACGUUCUUGAAAGAUAUGCCCAUCAUGAGUGCUGGCUUCACCCCCCAAGGCAACAAAAUUUUCUUGUCCGGCCGUCGCCCAUUUUUCUAUUCGUUUGAUCUCGAACGGACUGCAGUCGAACGCAUUCCUCGUCUUCAAGGCCGCGCCGAGCGUAGCUUGGAGCGCAUGUGGGUGUCGCCCGACGACAAGCACUUGGUUUUCACUGGCAAGGAUGGCGCGCUUCUCCUCGUGUCACAGCAGUCACGCCACUGGAUCUGUGAUCUGCACAUGAACGGACCGGCUCGCCACGUGGCCUUUAACAGCGACGGCAGCGUCAUGUACUCGUCUGGUGAGGAUGGCAAGAUUUAUGUCUGGGAUAUGAACACGCGUGAUUGUACCCAUGUCUUCGUCGAUGAGGGCUGCUUGCGCUCAACCAGUCUGGCUGUGAGCCCCGAUGAUGAGCACGUGGCCACUGGGUCUGACAGUGGUAUUGUCAACAUUUACAACUCCAGUUGUCUGCGUUCCACGGAUCCCACCCCUGUGAAGGUCAUCAAGAAUUUGGUGACCCAGAUUGACAAUCUCAGUUUCAAUCAUGACGGCCAACUUUUAGCCAUGGGCAGCCGCAUGACCAAACAAGCGUUGCGACUGGUGCACGUCAACUCGACGACCGUCUACAACAACUUUCCGACCACCAAAACUCCAUUGCACUAUGUGCAUUCAUUGGGCUUUUCACCCAAUGGUGGCUACUUCGCCGUGGGCAACGACAAAGGACGCGUCCCCUUGUUUCGCCUCAAUCACUACAGCAAUGUCUAG